UGUCCUUUUCUUGGCUCUAACAUUGAAUAAAUCAACCCCUUCCUCUCUCCAAUGUCACAUGCACUUACUCAUGACCCAAACCAGCUCAGCAGAAGUUGAGGUUCAUCACAAAAAUGGAGAAGAAAAGCAUGGUUAAGAAGAGAGCACACUGUUUGGUGUUGGCAUAUCCAGCUCAAGGUCACAUCAAUCCCAUGCUUCAAUUCUCCAAGCUAUUGGAAAAUCAAGGGGUGAGAAUAACACUUGUUACAACCCGUUUCUACUACAAUAACUUGCAAAGAGUGCCUCCUUCUAUUGCCCUUGAAACCAUCGAUGAUGGGUUUGACAAAGGUGGGCCUGGAGAGGCUGGAGGGUCCAAGGCCUAUUUGGAUCGGUUUAGGCAAGUUGGGCCAGAGACUUUUGCUGAGCUUCUUGAGAAACUUGGUAAAUCAAAUGACCAUGUUGAUUGUGUGAUUUAUAAUUCAUUGUUACCUUGGGCACUAGAUGUUGCCAAGAGAUUUGGGAUUGCUGGAGCUGCAUAUCUUACUCAAAAUAUGGCUGUGAAUAGCAUAUAUUACCAUGUUCAAUUGGGGAAGUUGCAAGCUCCACUCAUAGAACAAGAGAUUUCCCUUCCUGCCUUACCCAAACUUCAUCUUCAGGACAUGCCUUCUUUCUUUUUUUAUGAAGAUUUGUCUUUGCUUGAUUUGGUAGUGAGUCAGUUCUCCAAUAUCGACAAAGCUGAUUGGAUCCUAUGUAACACCUUCUAUGAUCUGGAUAAAGAGAUUACAGAUUGGUUUAUGAAGAUUUGGCCAAAAUUUAAGACCAUUGGACCAAACAUACCAUCUUACUUCUUAGACAAACAAUGUGAAGAUGACCAAGAUUAUGGGAUUACACAAUUUAAGAGUGAAGAAUGCAUGGAAUGGCUAGAUGAUAAGCCAAAAGGCUCCGUUGUUUAUGUAUCGUUUGGGAGUUUAGUUACCUUUGGUGAGGAACAAAUGAAAGAACUAGUUUGUUGUUUGAGAGAGUGCUCGAAUUAUUUCUUGUGGGUGGUUAGAGCUUCUGAACAAAUUAAACUCCCUAAAGAUUUUGAGAAAAGAACAGACAAGGGUUUGGUAGUGACAUGGUGUCCCCAAGUAAAAAUUCUUGCUCACGAGGCUGUGGGAUGUUUUGUGACACAUUGUGGUUGGAAUUCCAUAUUAGAAACCUUGUGCUUAGGAGUCCCAAUAGUUGCAAUACCAUGUUGGUCUGAUCAGAGCACAAAUGCUAAGCUUAUUGCAGAUGUUUGGAAAAUAGGAAUUAGAGCCCCAGUUGAUGAGAAAAAGGUUGUGCGACAAGAAGCUCUAAAACACUGUAUAAAGGAGAUAAUGGAUAAAGGCAAAGAGAUGAAGAUCAAUGCCCUUCAAUGGAAGACUUUAGCUGUAAGAGGUGUUAGUAAAGGUGGAAGUUCUUACGAAAAUGCUGUAGAAUUUGUGAAUAGUUUAUUAUAACAUUCAUAAGCUUCAUGUUCUAAAUUAGAAAUUACUUUAUGAUCGAACUUAAACAAUUUCUAUUCUUUAUUUUUACGUAAGAGUUUGAUGAAUAACUUAUUGCA